UGAGCGUGAGUGUCGCUGCCGGGGAAGGAAGGAAGGAGGGAGGGAGGCUGGUCGGACAGGUCUGCACUGCUCUGCUGUGGAGAGAAGGAAGGAAGAUGAUUGGGAAGGAAGAAGGAAAAACAGAAAGGAUGAGACGAGCUAAGCCAUGUGGGAGGUGUAAAUCCUGUAUGGAUGAACGGCUGUGAGAGGAGGAGAGGUAUGAGGAAUAGGGAGCUGUUGGAGGUGUCCCAUGGGCAUGUCUGUCCUCUGGCUGUUCAGCCUGUGUGUCUCUGCUCUGCACACAGACGGAGGGAGAAGAAAGACCGUCUAAAAAUAAACUGACACCCACCACCAGCAGGAAAACCAAAAAAACAAACCAACAAAUAAAAGAAGAGGACAAAGAAGAACUUCCUUUUGUCACCCUCAGACUCUCUCUCUCUUUCUCUCUGCUCCAUUUCCGUUUUUCCUGUCCUCAUUGCGGCCUGAGAGGAGGUCAUGUCCCAGUCUGGAAAAGUCCUUCAUUUGUAUGUGGAAGUGAGGUCUGCCCCAGAUCAGAAGGGAGGGAAAGUAGCGUUCGGAGAACACAAGGAAGGGAUUGCUCAGGGGCAUUCGGUUCAGGACAAUCCUACGGAGCUCCUUUCUCAGCUAGCGAGUCAGACAACCUGCCAGACCAUCACCAAGACCUCCACAACUCACCGUCUGGUUCAGGAUUGUACACACAGACAGUCUCCUUCGAGAAACACUGUUAGCUUUCAGCUCCAGCAAGCCGGCAGCUCCCCAACGGUCAAUAAACGCUGGAGUGCACCCUGUGAUGAAGUGUCUGCCGUCCACUCUUCACCAAUGACCUCUGCUGGAAAGGUCCCUCUCCCUCACACACCUCCCAACUGCCGGAGGUUCAAGGAGGAAGAAGUCUGCGAUGGAAAGCGGUCGGUAGUCACCUUCAGCUACAUUGAGAAGUCCAAUGUGAAGACCUUGGACAGUCCACGCAACUCUGUGUGCGAGAGAGGCACCAGAGAGGAAAAAUCCACCCCCUCUCACUUUCGGAAAAGGCUCAGCGACCCAGUUUGGUUUGGGAGUCCCGAUUCAUCGUGCAGCUCCAGUCCCAAGCUGACUUUCCGAUCUCCGGGAAGUCACCAGCAGACGUUCUCUCCUGGCCUUCGUCAACCACACUUGGACCCCAUCGGCAGGGCAGCUACCCAGAGGGCUGUGGAGGAGUUUGGCUCCCCUCUACUGAGGAUUAAACUAGCCCAUGCACUUGAGCAUACCUCAUCCUCACGCUAUAACCAACAGCCACGCUGUCAGUCCUGGGCUGGGUCUCCUGUUCAGCGUCAGUACAUCAGCGUAAACCCCAAAGACCAGAUUAUCGAUAGGAGCCCGGUUGUUUACGGGCUGCCUCGGAGCCCGGCAUCGGACCAGCUAUCCUCCCAGUCCAGACGGUCUCCUCACUCGAAGCCUGAGUUCUGUGCCGAGUCCCAGAUCCCACGUCACUGGUCAGGAGAGGACAGAGCUAAGGCUGGCAGUCCAGCCACCAAAAGACAUGUUCACAGGACCUGUAACAGGAGCUCUUCACCACAGGGGGCAAUACUCCAACUUGGCAAUAAUGUAAUUGAGGGCUUGAACCAGUUAAGCGAUAGUAAAUCUUCCUCUCCAGCUCAUAGUCCUGAAGUUGCCCGCAGGCUAGCAGAGGAAGCUACCAAAGUAUCUUCGAUUUUCACGGAGGCAAGAAGGUCCUCGUUGCACAACGCUUUAGGUGAGCCUGCAAGCGGCUCAAACUCUGGAGAAUUUCACAAUUCAACUUCAAAUGCACAACAGUCUAAGCAAACGCUUAAGAUGAACAUCCCUUUAAAUGACCAACACACGCCAGCAACCGACAACACAGACUCUCACCAGCCUGAAAACUCUAUCUUGCAGUCGCAGUCACUUGAAACAAACUCCCAUAAUAAUUCUGAAACACACCAGGACGAGUGCAUUCAGAAAUCCCAGCAACAUAGUUCAGUUUUAUCUGCAGCUCCGAGCUCCCCCGCCAUUCCUUCACGUGUUCUCCGUCCUUCACAUCCUCCCACUGAGCUAAGCUCUCCCAUGAGGGACCCCAGGCUAUUCCAAGCAGACCUCCGAACACCAGAAACCCCAACCCUGCAUCGCCGUCGUCAGCUCCCACAAUACACCAGAGACUCCUGGUCCCCGAGCCUGGACAAGAGGGGAGACCUGAGCUGUUUCGAGAGAGGGGACUGCACAGAGCUCGCUCGCAGGCUCUUUAUCAAUCAGAGUGUUGAGGAGGCACCGGUCAGCUGGACAUCCAGGCAACAGUGGGGGAAUCAGGUGGAGAACAGUCCGAGGGCAAGCCCUGAGCCUGGAUGUAGGUCCGGCAGUAACCAAAUUGCUGGUCGUCAGGCAAGUCAACGCCACAGACCGCUCAGUCCCACUGCCCAGCAGAAACGGGCUGAGCAAAGGAGGAGGGAGAUCCUGCUUCUUGGACCGGUGGUGCUGGACUCUCCAGAGGAGGAUGAGGGUUGCGAAGAGGAAGGACAAGGGAAUGAGAUGGAGGCAUUUGGAGAACGGCAACAGCCACGCCUGCAGAGGGUCGAGGAACCUGCAGAGGUGGAACAGAAUGGAGCGAUGGGAGGGUCGUCCUCGCGGAGCUCCAGCGGGGUGACCGGCAGCUUGGGCGACAGGGACUGUGUGUCCCCAGAGUCCAGUCAGUCCAGUCACCAGAGCAAUGAGACCGGGGCUGCCACCUCAGGAAUACAGACGGACAGCGGCUGUGCGGUGCCCGUGCCCUCGCUCCAUUGUCAGAGGAUCGCUCGUGCCAAGUGGGAGUUUUUAUUCGGGACCCCCGCUGAGGAAGCUGCUAGCAGGGGGGAGAAAAAUUUUCUGGAAGCCUCCACAGCUCCUCCCAGUGGUAACUCCAGUGAGUCUCCCACCCCGACUCCACCUUCAUCCCUGCCUCUGCUUUCCGCCAAUCACGAGGUGCAGCAUGUGGAAGUAGAGCUGGUGACCCCUCCACCAGCCAUCAUCGGCACGUCGCCCAAAACCGGCAUCAUCCGCCGCACGCUAAAGUAUUCAGAAACCGACCUGGACGCCGUCCCACUACGCUGCUACCGCGAGACGGACAUAGACGAGGUGCUGCUGGCCGAGCAGGACGACGCAGACUCUGCGUUUGGGAGUAAUCGCAGCGUCCAGGGCAACUCACCCAGCAGCCCGCUGAGGGGUCUGGGGAGGAGAAGGGGAAGGGAGGACGAGGAAGAUGAGGAGGAGGAGGAGGAGGAAGAGGAAGAGAUGGUGAGCUGGGCAAGUGUGAGGAUGCAAGGAGAUAACAGGAAGCAGCAGUAUGCAGCUCAGGAAGAGCCGGAGGUGUUUGGUCACCUUCUGAAGAGACCGAUGGAAACAUUUUUUGACAACCACCACCCAGCCCUGAAAUCCCCCAUCCUGGUCUCUGGUCCUCGUUGCGCUGCAGAGGACACCUUCAGCCGCCACUUUGAGAGCAUCAUGGAGUCUCACCGAGCCAAAGGGACGUCGUACAACAGCCUCGACAGCGAAGAGCUGCUGACCUCGAGCACCCAAACCGUCCUGACCUUUGACCUGCCCACGCUAACCCCUGCGAUCCACGCUCCGGUUUGCCAGAGCGCCAGGCAGAUCGUCCAGCUUAGCUUCGCCCCGCUGGCGCACGAUGAGAGGCCAAGUCUCUCUGAUUCUAUCUUUACCGUCACUGGGGACUCGGACGCCACCCGAGCCCCGUCCAGCGAGAGGCUGAGCAGCGGUUCAGACGAUACACCGCCCCGAGGACGAGACUGUACACAGCUGGGGAGCAGCUGGUACAGCAAUAUUUCUUUCUCAUUACCAAGCAGCAGGGAGAAGGCCCGCCUGGCGACAGAUUCGGAGCUGGACCAGGACCUGAGUGACCGGCUGGGUCUGGAGAGCAGCGAAACCCUCACAAACGGCAGUCACCAUGCCGACGUGGCAGCCGCCAAACGUCUAGCCAAACGUCUCUUCAACUUGGAUGGUUUCAGGAAGUCCGACGUGGCGCGCCACCUCAGCAAGAAUAAUGAGUUCAGCCGUAUGGUAGCAGAAGAGUAUCUGAGUUUCUUCAACUUCACAGGCCUCGGUCUUGACCAAGCACUGCGGACUUUCCUCAGACAGUUUGCCCUGAUGGGGGAGACUCAGGAGAGGGAGAGGGUGCUGUCACACUUUUCUAAGCGUUACUUGGACUGCAACCCAAGAGUCAUGCCAUCAGAGGAUGCAGUUCACACUCUCACCUGUGCCCUCAUGCUGUUGAACACUGAUCUGCACGGUCAGAACAUCGGCAAAAGGAUGUCGUGUACGCAGUUCAUUGGCAACCUGGAAGGACUGAACGGCGGCCAAGAUUUCCACAAGGAUCUGCUUAAAGCGCUCUACAACUCGAUCAAGAAUCAGAAGCUGCAGUGGACACUCGACGAGGAAGAGCUGCGGAAGUCGUUCUCGGAGCUCGGGGACAGCCUGUGCGACUCCAACGCCUCCAGAUCGAUGAAGCGGGUGGGCAGCAGUGGGAAGCCCCUGUCAGAUGUGACCGAGCCCUCCGGAUCGCUGCUCUACAAGAACGGGUUCCUGGUCCGCAAGGUCCACGCCGACUCAGACGGCAAGAGAACGCCAAGAGGGAAGCGAGGCUGGAAAACCUUCUAUGCCAUCCUAAAAGGGCUCAUCCUCUACCUGCAGAAAGGGGAAUACAGGCCCGAUAAACAGCUAUCUGAGGAGGACCUGAAGAACGCCGUGUCCAUCCACCACUCUCUGGCCAUGAAGGCUUCAGACUACAGCAAGAGGCCCAACGUGUUCUACCUGCGGACGGCCGACUGGAGGGUGUAUCUCUUCCAGGCACCGAACGCCGAGCAGAUGCAGUCCUGGAUCACACGGAUCAACACGGUUUCCGCCAUGUUCUCAGCUCCUCCCUUCCCGGCGGCCAUCGGCUCCCAGAAGAAGUUCAGCCGGCCGCUGCUGCCGGGGACGAUGUCGAAGCUGUCCGAGGAGGAGCAGGUCAGAUCCCACGAAGCUCGAUUCAGAACCCUCUCCACCGAGCUGGCCGAGCUGCGCUCAUACCCUCCUGACCGCAAGGUCAAAGGGCGCGAGCUGGAGGAAUACCGCCAGCGUGACGAAUAUCUGGAGUUUGAGAAAACACGGUAUGGAACCUACGUCAUGCUGCUGCGAGCUAAAAUCCGGAGCGGCGAGGAGGACCUGUCCGUGUUCGAGUCCCAGCUCCUGGAGGACAACGGCCUGCAGAGGGCUCACUCCAGCCCCACGCUGCAGGACAGCAGCCAGGCCAGCCAGAUCAGCCAGGCCAGCAGCGCCAGGGACGGGGGCAACAGCAGCAAAGCCAGCGGCUGCAGCAGCAAACCUCGGCAGGAAGGCCAGAGACACAGCUACCGGCAGGCCGUCAAGAAGUGAGACGGGGCGGGGGCGCCGGGAGCGGCACAGCGUUGCACUGCCAGCGGCAGGCUGUCUCCCUGCAUAGGUUUUUAUUUGAGAUCCAGGAGGGUUUGGAGCUCUGCUUGAAGGGGGAGCGGGAGCGCGGGUCUAACCCCACGCUCUUCCCCCAAAACCACGACGCCCUACCCGGCAGCCCCAAUCUUCUCGUCUAACAGAGGAGGGCUGGGAAACACCAGCGAGGAUGUUGGUGCAGGAGGUGGGAGGAUCGGCUGGGAGGUCACAGAUCUGCAGAGACGAGGUGUCUUUGAGAACGUACGCUGGGUGCAGCGGCAGCAGAGAGCGGCAGCAGCAGACUUGAAGGGUGGUGCUUUUACACACUGAACACCCGACAGGGGCGUACAUCUAGCAUCCUUUCCUUUCUCUCCUCCUUUUGUUCUUUCAAGGCACCUCUCCGGCUACGUUCUCCCACCUUUUUUCUUAAACCUUUUCACUCAGUUUUUUGGGGACCAAACAUUUAAAAAACAAAACAAAACAAAAACAUCACAUUUUAGACGACUGAUGAUUUAAUUUGAAGACUUUAAAACAUCAACAGGUCUUAACGGAGCCAUUACAUUCCAGCUCCUUCUUCUUUUUUGUCCUUUGGUCUUUUUUUGGUGCGUUCACAUUCCACACCAGGAGCCGGGGACAUCACGGCAUUCAGCUCCUUGGACGUUAUUUCACACGAAUCUACGGACUUUGUGCGUCUGCGUCAGCGUACGUACGGUGUAUGACGACGGCGAGAAGGUGCAGCUCGGUGCGGCUCGUCUCUCCUCUCUCCUCUCUCGAGUCACUCACGACCAAUUAGUGGCAACAAAAAAACGUCAGUAGAAGUUCACAGUACUCCUGAUGUGCAGCGACGUAACUGCGUCUCAUCAUGAGAGGUCUUUUUUGUUUUUAUUUCUCUCUCUCUAUCUCUAUCUCCCAGUUGCUUUGGCUUCUGUCCCGUGGUGUUGCUUCUUCCUCUUCUUCUUUCUCUUUCUUGGCCGAGAGUCGUUUUUUUCCUCCGGUGAUCCGCAUGCCUGCAUCCAGCGCAGCUUCUUUUUAGGCCUUUUAGAGCGGCAAACUUUCUUUUUUUGUUUUUUUGUUUGUUUCUCCCCCCCCUUCACGCCAGUGCCAUAGCCAACAUGUGUAAUCUCUUGUCUGUACUUAUAGCCUCUCAUUUAUAAAAGCCUAUUUUAACACUCACCAGGCAGACCCUGAAUGUUCUUGUUUUUCAGUAUUUUUACAGUAUUUUACAGUCGUUUGUUGUUGAUGUUGAACCUAUUCCACCUGUGUAUGUCAAGUGUACGAUGAAAUAUGAAAAAAAGGAAAUAUGUUAUACCCCAUACUCUUUGUAAACAUCCCGGAUAUGUUGUAUAUAACGCGCCAUCCAGCUUAUAUUGUAGGAUAUAUGACGGUAUAUUUACAAUAUAUUCAACACACUAUUGUGAAGAUGCAUUAGGUACAAGUCCCAAAAAGCGCUACGCGAUAAUCAUGUGUUUUUUUUGUUGUUUUUUUAUGUACAUGAUGGUGAUAAUUCAGCACAAUAUGAGUAUUAUAGUGACGCCUAAUGUACCUAAAGAUUAGUAAGUGAUGGGAAGGUGUUUGUGUGACGGGACGUGGGAUGUUUUCCAAAGACAGCGCAUGGUUCACGACGACCUAACAGCAUGUUUCAAAGGGAUCAGGGUUGACUCUGUCUGUCAGAGAUGCAUGAAAAAGGCGAGGAAUGUAACAAAGAUGAAACCUCCUCAUGAAAGGAGGAGGACGCGUGGUUCGGGUAGCCGUAUACACCUCAUAGCGUUAGCGAUGUAUAGCCAUUUUCUACUCAGGCUUUUCAAAAAAACGACACCUUGAAGCUGCAGGUGCCAGCGUCCGACGAGCAGGGAGCGCUGUCGACGUUCACGUUGUGUUUUUGUUUGUUUGUUUGUUUGUUUCUCAGCCAUAAUCACACCUGCUGCACCUGCAGUCAAUAUGCAUGCACUCACCUGAGGAUGGGGGUGAUGAGUAUCGCAGGGCUAAAUGAGACACAUGUGAAUGUGUGUGUGUGUGUGUGUUGCCGUAUGUGAAUGUGUGCAUGCUGUGACUGAGCCUGUCUUAGAGAAGUUUGCAGCCGGCUUCAUGUCGUCUGAAGUUUAGAGCUGACAGAAAGUUAAUCGGCGACUAUAAUCCCCCAGUUUCAGCUUCUUGAUUAUGAGUAUUGACGUCUUUACUUCGUCUUAUGUGAUAGUGAACCUGCAUAUCUUUGGGAUUUCGACUGUUAAUUGAACAAAAAAAGCAAUUUGUUGCUGUUUUUUUUCCCACAUUUUGUUCAACUGCAGUUUAUUCUCAUCCUCACUUCUUCAGUCACUUCCCUGAUAUCACUUUUUUCAGUCUGGUGGUUUACGUUGCCAUCGCUGACCUCCUGUAUCUUUUACCAGUUACAUAGCGUGACAUUACAGCUCUGUAUUUAUUAGUAGUGUUUGACUCUGUGGCUGUUUGUAAUGUGGCCAAACUGUCAAAGAGCUGCCAGACUCAUGUUGAGUGCCAUUCAUGGUCUACCGAGGGGACGGAUGAUGAGUUCUGAUUCAGUAUUUCACAUAUUUGAAAGAUUUUUUAUCCAGCACUGAAAAUAACUCUUUUGUUGACACGAUAAUCAUUUAAUUUCCACAGUGUCGACAGUUUAGAAGCAUCCCUAACACGUUGUCAUUUAGCACAAAACAAAUUCAACAAUCUCACCACUCAGCAGCUGUUCUGGAGCUUUCGAUCACUGUAUCACCAUCUUCCUCAGCACAAGGAUUAUUAUGCGUGUCUCCAAAUUCAGAAUGUUGCUGGUUCGAACCUCGGCUGGAGCCUUUUCUGUAAGAAGAACCUACAGUCCAUUAAGACAUUAAGGUUAGUUGGUGACUCUAAAUUGCCCGUAGGUGUGAAUGUGAGUGUGAAUGGUUGUUUGUCUCUGUGUUCCCUGUGAUGAGCUGGCGUACCCCGCCUCUUAAGUCAGCUGGGAUUGGCUCCAACCCCACCGUGACCCAUUGGUCCGUGGUCGACGGCAAGUAAAAUAUAUUUGGGGGUCAGACAAAACAAAAAAGAACAUUCAGCUGAAGAUCCAGAGUAAUUUGAGGCUGCGCUGAUCCUAAAUCAUCUCAAUAACUUUAAUCCAAGUGAUGGUUAUUCUCGUCACAGGCUCUUUACACACCGUACAGUAUGGAUGGAUGUAGUAUGAAAUGAAGGCAGCUCUUCAGAGGCUCCACCUUGUCAAAGUCUCCAAGGUCCCCCCCCCUCUCUCUCUCCUCCCCUCUCUUCCCCACCUCCUCCCUUCAUGUGUUGUCACCGCUCACUUACAUCAAAGAGGCUGCUGCAGGAUCUCCAUGGCACUGGUUAGCAUGGAAAUGGCUGGUUCCCCUGGUGACGGCUCUGUGAUGCUCAAGUGAAAGUCACCCUGUUGUACUGUGUUGGCAGCGGUAGGAAACCUCUGUUUAAAGCAGCAGUGCAUGCCUGCAGCGGUGUGAGGCGGACUGUCCUUUAAACUGUUUCCAUUGAAAGCCUCAUUUCUGAAUGUGACGUGUAAAUAAAGCAUGAGAUAUUACGGCCUGCGUUCAUUUAUAUUAUGGUUAGAGUAUUAAAUGAAGGGUUAAUAUAUAAGGUAGGUCAACAUUUUUCUUCCUGUCCUUGAGCUCAUGGUCAUUUGUUUUUAUUUCUAUCAAUGUGAAUGAAGGAAAUGGCUAUAUUUAACGCUGUUGUAUGCUGUUGUGUUUUAGAGAAUCGAGCCAGCUCAUACAAAUCUUUUUACACGUAGAGAGUCUGAUCUGAUCCAUCUCAGUGUUUUUUAGACUGGUGCAGGUAAAAGGCAAUGUUCAUUUUGCUCAAUGCUACACAUACAGUGAGCCACGUGUGUCACUGCCUUGUUAAAACUCACCAAUGGAAAAUGUUGUUUGUGAGCUUCUCCUUUCGGGAGGCGCAGAAGAUGAAAAUAAAAAGUGUUUUGGAAGCUUAA